AAUGGCUGAAUAGUGGUAGAGGUAGCAGGAGAAGGGCAGGAAAGGGGUAUGAGGGCAGGGCUAAAGGGACAGGCCGGAGGCAGAAGCAGACCAGGGAAGAGAAGAGGCUUUCAGAUAAACUUCUGUGAAAAGGCACAAAACGUCCACUUGGACACUUUUUCAGCAGAAUCAAGUAAACGUAAAGCAUUGAAGUUGAAUUUUGCAAAUCCACCUUUCAAAUCCACAGCAAGAUUUACUCUCAAUACGUCUGCAGUUCCUUUCCAAAAUCCUCACAUUGAUACACAAGCAACACUGGGUAGUAAUCACAUUGUCCCGUUCACUUUCAAAAGGAGAGAAGCGGACCUCAUCCAGAAACUUUCCAGCAGGCUACAAGAGAGACUGAGAACACACAGCAUUGAAUCAUCAGGAAAAUUGAAGAUUUCCCCUGAACAGCAUUGGGAUUUUACUGCAGAGGACUUGAAAGACCUUGGAGAAAUUGGACGAGGAGCUUAUGGUUCAGUCAACAAAAUGGUCCACAAACCAAGUGGGCAAAUUAUGGCAGUUAAAAGAAUUCGGUCAACGGUGGAUGAAAAGGAACAGAAGCAGCUUCUAAUGGACUUGGAUGUAGUGAUGCGAAGUAGUGACUGCCCUUAUAUUGUUCAGUUUUAUGGAGCACUCUUCAGAGAGGGUGAUUGUUGGAUCUGUAUGGAGCUCAUGUCUACCUCGUUCGAUAAGUUUUACAAAUAUGUAUAUAGUGUAUUAGAUGAUGUUAUUCCAGAAGAAAUCUUAGGCAAAAUCACUUUAGCUACUGUGAAAGCACUAAACCACUUAAAAGAAAACUUGAAAAUCAUUCAUAGAGACAUCAAACCUUCCAAUAUUCUUCUGGACAGAAAUGGGAAUAUUAAACUCUGUGACUUUGGCAUUAGUGGACAACUUGUGGACUCCAUCGCCAAAACAAGAGAUGCUGGGUGCAGACCAUACAUGGCACCUGAGAGAAUAGACCCCAGUGCAUCCCGACAAGGCUAUGACGUCCGCUCAGAUGUCUGGAGCUUGGGAAUUACGUUGUAUGAACUGGCCACGGGGCGGUUCCCCUACCCCAAAUGGAAUAGUGUAUUUGAUCAGCUGACACAAGUAGUAAAAGGAGACCCACCACAGUUGAAUAACUCAGAGGAAAGAGAAUUCUCGCCCAGUUUUAUCAACUUUGUCAACUUGUGCCUUACGAAGGACGAGUCCAAAAGGCCAAAGUAUAAAGAGCUUCUGAAACAUCCCUUCAUUCUGAUGUAUGAGGAGCGUGUAGUGGACGUGGCCUGCUAUGUCUGCAAAAUCCUGGAUCAGAUGCCAACGACGCCCAGCUCUCCGAUGUACGUUGAUUGACGCUGCUGCUUCCUCCAACUCUAGAGAAAGGGCUGAGAGAAAACAAGCUGUAAAGAAUUUUCAUCACCUAUUGCAGUGUGUUUAAUGCUCGCCCAGACACCAUGUGCAAUAAUAUUGGUGUUCUUUCCAUCCUGUCUGUAUACUAUUGUCACAUAGAAAGUGCAUCCCUGUUAUACCUGAUCACACAGUGUUAGUGUGGGUCACAGAGAGACCUCAUCUUGCUCUUUUGUGGACAUAUUCAUGAAAUGUGGAAAUAAGAACAUUUAUUUGUUGACCGUGAUUGGAUAGCACCUAAAAAUCAUUUCUAGACUCAAAACUUGGAGACUUCUCAGCGGCUACUGGAAAGAUUUUUCUCUCAAACUCUUCCAAUUAUUGUUUCAAGUAAUAAUAUUAAAAUGGUAAGCAUUGUUUGUCUGAACAUAACGAGACUUUGCCUGGAGGAAGAAGAACUUGCAUAACCGACGAGAAUCUUUACGCCUCAGAGUUGGAAAGGCAAAGGAGAAUUUUAUUCUUCACAAAGUGCAAUAGAUUUACUGUUCUGAAAUUCUGUUGCUUUACAGUCUCAAAGUAUUUUUUGGGACAGUGCUCAGCUGAACUUCCUGUAAAAGAGAGAUCAUGUUAAAUAUAGUGAAUAUGUCUUUACCAAAAAUAUGAUGCAUUGAAAGAGGUUAACAUUAAAAUAUUCAGAGAUGAGACAUAAUGUAUUCUUCUCCCUUUUACCAAGCCAGCCACUUUUCAUUAUAACUAGCCACCCUGUAAAUUGUUACCUGCUAAGAUAAGACCUUUGACCUGAAAAAUUAUUAAACUACUCGAUUAAAUUUAACCUGCUUGUGACCUGAUUUAUAGCUGCACAGUGCUCACUAGCUGGCUUUGCUCUUACUCAAAAAGUGCAGUGUAUAGCCUCUCCAGCUCAUUUUGGUAUGCCACGGUUUAGUCUAUGGCGUGGUUAUUCAGGAAAUAUGUAUAAUUUCUUUCCUGUUCCAAAAUCACAAUCUAUCACCUUUUCACAGACCACCAGGCUCUCCUCCUUAUCCAUCACAUGACCAAAUCUCUGUGGCUCUCCUUCUAGCCACCUUUAUCCAGGACUAGGAUUCAGAGCUGUCCUCCUCCAAUUUAGCUGUGGCAAUGCACACUGCUGUAAAUAGUAUAUUCUGUUCAGCUUGUCUUCUGUGAUUCAGAGUGGUCCUAAUUAUUGUAUGCAGAUCUGAAUUACACUUGAGUUGCUCAGAGCAUGCUGGAAGUCUGGAUACCCUGGAAAUUAGCAUGGUUUUUUAGCAUCGCCUAGUACAUCCAUCCAGAUGUGCUCUUCUGGCCAACAGUUAAACUUGAGCUGAAAUUUGAUCUUUUUAAAAUGACAAAAUUUCAUGCAAACAUUCUGAUUGUUUUCAAAACGUUCAAAAUCUUCGGUAGAUUAUAAAUGAGAAACUGGGUCUGGAAGAGAGUUCCCAGAUUUGAUGCUGCGAUUUUCACUUGGUUGGCCUAGCCAGCUAGUGAGGUUUUCUCAAAAUCAGAAUGUUCCAUUUUUAUAAACACUUCCUGGAAAAUUUGAAAACCAAAAGUGGAGGGUUCAAAAGAGACUGAGCAAAGCUGCCCUGUUGCCGGCGUUCUUGUGGGACGUUUUCCCCACUUCCCAAGCAGCUCUCCCAAACACUUAGACUAUGAGAAGACAGCUGGAAACCAGCCCUCAGCCCCAUUCCCCCCACGUGUGUUCAGCUGAGGAAGGAGAGAGCCCCGUCCCUUUUGGGCUGUGACUGAACUAUUGCCCUUGACUCCCAGCACUUCUCCAGACUCUUUGGUGAUGGCUUUAUGAGGCAUGGCUCUGUUCCAGGCUUGCCCAUGCUAGCUGUCCUGAGCAAUUGCUGAGCAUGUUGGCUGCUUCUCUAGGGCCCUGGAUACCCUCAGCUCCUUCUGCCGUCAAUCGGAAAGGAGGGUUCUGAGCCGAGCCCCGCCCAGGCCCAUGGUGUAUUAUGUUCCCACUUCCUGAAGCUCCUCUCUGCCCUGUGCUCAGAAUUCGGCAGUGGAGCGGGAGGUGAAAGCUUUGCCUGUCUAUGCUGACAAAAGCAAACCCGAAUUCUCCUAGGCGAUGGCUCCGUUUCCUUAGCACCUUCAGUUAGUCGGAUAAGACGAUUGAAAGCAUUAGCCAUGAAGCAUUCGCGGUAACACACUUCUCCUUGCACCCUCCCGCCAGGAACUUUCCACCCGUUCGCCCUGGCACCAUCCCCUGCAAUCAUGUGUGGCCUCGUGCCCUGCCCCACCCCACCAUCUUCAGCAGGGCCGGCACAUUUCUGUGCAGCUUCUAGGAAAUGGUCAUUAGAUGCUUUGCAUUCCCGGUGUCAAAGCCAAGUUCAAAAUGGGCUGUGGCAGCAGCUGUCCAGAAAGGCAAAUCUAGUGUAUUAAUCAGAGGGUGUCGGAAACUAUUACGGUGCCGCAUUUAUUACAAUGUAUCUUUAUUUUUUUUAAAAGGUGUAUAGUGUUCAGAAGCUGUGAAAAUAGUGUAAGAGCUGUACAUUGUGAGCGCUGGUUAUUUCUCUUGUACCAUCGACAUAUGUAUAAAAGUGAUCACGCUGAUGUGCAGGGAUGUUGCCUUCUUGUCUGUACCAUGGAGCUUGGUAACGUAAACUGCUUCAAAGAUCUUCAGAAUAUUGUCUCCUAUAUUCUGGUUUGACUCCCUCCGCUAUUUAAUAUGCUGCACCUGGAAUCCAAGUGUCUCUGUAAUAGCUCUGCCCUUUGCCUGCAGGCCAGUUGUAAUAAAACUAGGAUGCGACUGUGA